AUGUUGACCUCACCCACCGAAUCUCUAUCCGCCUCCUCUUCCUCCAGCGGCAGCCCUAUCGCCCAAAGCCCUCACCCCAAGGCGUGGUUCCCCUCUAUCCCUCGCCGCCGCGCAGAGAAGGUCCGCCUACCCCGAUACUAUGCUACCCCGUUGAAAGACACGCCCGACUCGACCCCUCUACAAGUGUACGGCCUGGAGCAGCGCGAACCGUCGAUCGCCGAAAAGCCCAAGCUGCUGCGCCGCAUGUCGCACGCGCUGGAUGACAUCAAGGAGGACUUCUCGCUGCAGCUGGAGCCGCGCGAGAAGCUGAAGAGCCGGCACCGCCAGUCGACCUUCAUGCUGGAUACCAGCGUUGGCGGCAGCUCGGGGCCGGGAUCGAGCGCGGGCUCGUCGCUGUCCGGCGCCGAGAGCCCCAUGGCGAUGGAACCGCCUCGCCCCCGUCCCAUGUCGACCUUUUCCGUGGACAAUUGGACGCCUCCGUCGCGGUCGCUCACUCGAAGACUGUCGACUCGGUUGGGUCUCUCGCAGAAGAAGCGCUUUCGACCGGGCCAGGGAGCCAGCAUUUCGCAGCCGAAUUUGAUCGGAUCGUCGACCCAGAUGUAA